AUGCCCAAACAUGGGAAACCCCAUCCUUCAGACGGCCUCGCCACUGCUGAGGAAAUGUUUGCGGUCAGGAAGUUAGGGGGAGCCUGGUUUCAGGUGGCCGCGACUCUGGGGCCACGAGGUGGGCUAUCUGCUAGCUUCUCCUCCAGAGCCAAAGGGUCAAAAUCCGGCUUUGAACUCCGCGCCUCCGAGAAGGGGCGGAGCCACGGCGGAGGGAAGGGUUUCCUGUGGUGCCUCUGCGUCUGGCUGCACCCUCUGAAAAGGCUUCUAAUCGGCCGCAGAGGAGUGAAUACUGUAUUUGAUGAUAAUCAAAAAGACCAAAAUGACCUCGAUGUCUCUAAUGUACACCUUUCCUCGUGGGCUUGCAAGGUCCAGAGCACCGGUGGGAGCUUCUCCUGGUGGCUGCACCCUCACCGGGACUUCUUCCAGAAUGAGCUUCUGACCUUUCAGGGCAUUAUUUUCAGUUUGCUUUUCCAUGCGAUUGAUGAUUCUGUGGAAUUUCUCUCUUUUCUUAAUUUCAUUUUUCCUCUCCUGUUCUUUUGCUCAGCCACAUUGGGAUUAUCAUCGACAGAGGAUGAGGGCGAGGACCCCUGGUACCACAAAGCAUGCAAAUGUGAUUGCCAGGGAGGAGCCAAUGCUCUGUGGUCGGCUGGAGCUGCCUCUUUAGACUGUAUUCCAGAAUGCCCCUAUCACAAACCCCUGGGUUUCGAGUCAGGAGAGGUCACACCAGAUCAGAUCACCUGCUCCAGCCCGGAGCAGUAUGUUGGCUGGUACUCCUCAUGGACAGCAAACAAGGCCCGGCUCAACAGCCAAGGCUUCGGGUGCGCUUGGCUUUCCAAGUAUCAGGACAGUAGCCAGUGGCUCCAGAUAGAUUUGAAGGAGAUCAAGGUGAUUUCGGGUAUCCUUACCCAGGGACGCUGUGACAUAGAUGAGUGGAUGACAAAGUACAGUGUGCAAUACAGGACUGAUGAACGCCUGAACUGGAUUUACUAUAAGGACCAGACUGGAAACAAUCGGGUCUUCUAUGGAAAUUCAGAUCGGAGUUCUACAGUCCAGAAUUUACUGAGGCCCCCCAUCAUUUCCCGCUUCAUCCGACUGAUCCCUCUGGGCUGGCAUGUCCGAAUUGCCAUCCGGAUGGAGCUGCUUGAGUGUGCCAGCAAGUGUGCCUGA